GUCAUUGAUUCAAGUUACACGUUUACAUUUUAAACUGCGAACCAUCUGCAAUUUUCUUCUUAUACGCAAACUGAAAACUACUUUUUCUUCCACACUAUAAACGACACCGUCGUCGAUGGCUACUGACAAGUCGGUGUUAGCGUUGAUCAGAGCCGCGAGGCCAACCUUCCGCAACCAAAACGACAAAAUCGCCUUUGUCGUUCAUUCCUCUUUUCUCGCUUCCGGUUAUAUCCUCACCGCCACCGGUCCCUUAGCCCUCUCCGAUACUGCACUUUCCAAUCCCUCCAAUGAUGAGGUAUCUGUUGAUCACUGGAACGAACUAAACGACGAGUAUGCGUUUGUUUACUUUAACCCAGAAAAGGGUUCCAAGAAAGUGCUUGUUAAGUGCCUUGUGAUGAACGAGAAAUUGCUCGUUCAUGCUUUGUCUGCAGGGUUUUCGGAGCCUCUACAUCUUGAGAUUAAUGUUGGGGACUAUUCUGGAGAGGAUGGAGGUAACAAUUUUUCUCAGCAGUUCAAGAAUUUGGACAAGCUUGUGAAGAGAAUAGAUGCGGAUAUUUUGUCAAAAUUAGAUGGUUCUGCCAAAGCCAGCUCGUCAACUAAAAGCUCAGAAACUAGUGACAGAACACAACCAGAGACAUCUGAACCUGUUCCUGGAUUUCAUGAACCUUAUGGUCUUCCAGAUCAUCACCCUGGAAUCAUUUUCCCUCCAGUUUCCAUUGGUUCUGGUAGUGAUCUUCUUCCAGGGCCUGCUGCCGGUGUGUAUCCUUCAAGGGGCGAUCACGACUUUGGAGGUGGCAUGCUCGUAGGGCCUAAUGACCCCCGUUGGUUUGGUGGCAUCGGUGGAGGACCUUCUUUUCCCGGAGGAUUGCCGGGUGUUCCGCCUGGUGCUCGAUUUGAUCCCUAUGGACCUCCUGGUAUCCCUGGUUUUGAACCCAACAGAUUUGCAAGGAAUCCUAGAAGGCCAGGAUAUGAUGCUCAUCCAGAUUUACAACAUUUCCGAAGAGAUACUGAUUCAGAUUUCAUAUAAUUGCAGUGAUAUAAACACCUCUCUUCACCUUCCAUUUCUAUAUGAUAUGAUAAUAAUAGGAUGAUUGUAAAUUUGUGAAAAUUCAAGAAUAUAGUUUCAAAUUUAGUUCAAGUUAAGAUUUAUACAUUCUUAUGUUUUUGUUUGUUAUAUCAAUCAUAAGAAUAUGAGACUUUAUCUAUAGUCGUCUUUUCAGUUUAUAGUCUUCAUAAUCGUUUUGCUAA